AUGCUUCGUGUCACCACUGCCUCCAUGUGCACCUACUGCCAGAGGAUGAGGCUCCUCAUCGCUCCCUCGGCCUCGGCCUUCACAGUGACUUCUCCCAACAAAACACUGGAAAACCAGCUCACAGUGGACUCCCUCUAUCAACUGUCAGUGGACAUUCGAAAGGUACGGAAGCCUAUACCGAAGUUCAGGGGAUGGGUUCUGUCUGAGAACUCUGCGUAUGUGUCAGAAACUGCAGACCUGCUGAGGGACAUGGGUGCAGACCCAACAGUAUCAUCGUUCACUCGACUCGUGGAGCUGAACAAAGAGGUCAUCCACACUCUGAGGGAGACCUACCUGGACCUGGGAGGAGAUGAGGUCAACCUGCGCAUCUGGCUGCAGAAGAUCCUGAGCCAGAACCCGUUUGUCCUGCUGCGGCCGGCUGAAGCCUGGAGGGACAGUUUGGGCUUUCUGAGGGAGCAGGGCUUCACCACACAGGAGCUCCUCAGCCUGGUUUCAAGCCUCAGAGCUUCCAUUGCAGAGCUGCAGCCAGAGGCCAUGCAGCAGGUGCUGGCCUAAUCUCUCGCCUGCACCAAGGACGAACUCAAGCAAAUUGUGAUCCGCUGCCCGGCCAUUUUGUACUACUCCUUGCCCACCCUGGCGGGGCGAUUCCAAGGACUGAUGACUGAUGGACGUGGAGUGAGCAUGGAGCAGGUGAAAGAAUCUCCAAAUAUCAUGGAGCUCACCACGCAAAUUGUGCUUUAUUGCAUCCAGAAGCUGGCCUCCUACGGGUAUGACGUGCGCUCUGGAAGCAUGGACGUUAUUGUGGGAACUAAGAAGGACUUUGAGAGGAGUUAUGGCAAGCUGCACCUCAGGCAGCAGCGGCCACUCUUCAACCCUGUGGCUCCCCCUCAGAUCGGCUGAGGAGUGAAGAUCUGAAUGUGUUGAUAUGCUGCUGUUAUACAGCGAGGGUGUGUGGGAGAAACGUUUAGUGAAUUUUAUUUGAUGCUGAUUUUGGGAACGUGUUCAAAACUUCGUGCAGAAGAAGGGAGGCAGUUUGAAAUACCAAACCUCCAGCAAUACAGAGAACUUUAUUAUGACACUAUAAUAAUAACAUAGAAAUAAUUAUAGGUUUUUAGCCUGUGGCCUUCAUCAGGGUUCUUUGAUUUGAUGCCCAGCGGAGGGCUCUUGUGAAAAUAUGACACGGUGACUGUUUUGCAAUCGUACUCAAUUUAAGAAAACAACCAAGGACAGUAUUUGACGAUUACA